AUGACGUCCCUGCUGCCCGAGUUACUGUUUGAGACCAGUGGUCAAGCUCCUUCUCCCUCUAAAGAUUUCUACUAUCUCGCUGUAACAAGAACAGAGGUAAUAUGGAGGUGGUGGAAGAUUACUCUGCGUGUGAAGAACCUAGCAUUGCCUGGAGAAAGGAAACAGAGUCAUGAGGACUUUGUAAAUGAUGCCAGACUACAGCAACAAGUUGGUGUGGUGUUUGGAACACAGAUCCUGGAGUACAUACUUAACCUGUGUGAAGGGAAGUUUGAUUAUCUGGAGCGUUUGUCUGAUAAAAUUCUACUGCGUGUUCUUUCCUGUCUGAGCUACAAGGACAUUUGCCAGCUCAGCCAGACCUCACACCGUUUCAAUAAGCUGUGUGAGUCUAAAGAAUUAUGGGAACAGGCAAUUCGGGACAGUGGUCAUGAGCUCACACCUGAAGUAGAGAUGAUGGCCAACUUCUGUGGCUGGAGAAAGAUCUACACCAGUCUCUAUCUUACACCAGUCCAGCUUAGCACCGAAGAAGACGAAGAAGACGAAGAAGACGAAGAAGAGGAAGCUGAGCUACAUUAA